GAACAACUCAAAGGUGAGUAAAUGAUGCCAGAAUUUUCAUUUUUGGGUGAAGUAUCACUUUAAUACACAUCCUUAGAAGUUGAAUCUUCCUCAAUAAUCGGCUAGUUGGUCGUAGUAUGACUAAUAUGUUAAUGUAACCUAUAAACACUCGUAACUGUCGACUGCUCAACAAGGUGGAAUGAGGUUUUUCCAGCUGCACGACUUUCUGCUGUGACUCAUCGACUACACCUGUUCACACUAUUACUUACAAGACAGACAGAACAAGAUCUUCACCAGAACAACAAACAUGUUUACUGAAUCACUGACGGAUAUCUCUUUAUGUCUAUGGUAUGUAAAACCUUUUGAAUAUCGAGACUCUUUAUGUAAUAACGUUGUGAUUAAUAUUCAUGUUUAAGAUUUCCUUAAACUUCAACGUGUUGUGUGGGUUUUUAUGGGUUUUGUUGAUGUGUAUUAAACAGAUUUGUAACAGUAAUGAAAGGGAAACUGUGAGAAUGAGAGACGGCUGGAUGAUCACAUGCCUCUCUUGUAUAAAUACACUUCAAAACAGUAUCAAAAGUUAAAUGUCGCCUACAGUAUGUAUACUUGAUAUUCAGUUGAUUUAGAUUGUCUGGAAACAUUUUGAUGGAGGUAUGAUAUAUGCUUGGCAUAAACAGUAAUUUUGAUUCAAUUACUUUCAUUUUUACAUAAUCGUAUUUCACAGUUUUCUUUAUUUUUGCUCUUCUGAUUAUGAAAUUCAUAUUAUUUAAAUAGCAUCUUGCAUAUGACGUUUAUAUAAAUACAUGUGAAGUUUAAAAAUGUUGUGCUGAUUAACAAUUUCGUAUUAAUCCAGAAUGAUAAUGUGUGGAUCAGUGAUCAGAUGCAUCAGAUUCAUUUAGAGUCAGUGUUGGUGAUCAGAUUCAUGAGUAAAGAUCAGACUGAUGUGACUGAAUGAUUCAUGGAUGAUUCACAAACAUUCAGAGAUGGAAAUUAUCCUCCAGGAUUCAGAUCAAUUCAGCAGCAGAAGAAUGUAGAUUGGCCUGAGAUCAGCUGUGUGUUCAUGAAGAGUAAUGUGUCUAUGGAUCAUCCAAUAAGAUUUAAGGGGGAAGACACAUCACCUGAUCAGAGGUCAAUAUUGUUGUCUGGAACAGACUCAGCAGAUCAGAUAAGAACGUCUGCGAGUGAUCGGUCUAUAAAUGAUCUACAGUCUCAUGAAAACAACAGUCAAAGUUGCAGUUAUUCUUGUCAGCGUGCUAGAAUGCAAAACACACUCAAAUCACAUCUGAGAGAGAAGUUUGAGUGUUUGUAUGAGGGAACAUCACAGCAGAGAAAUCCAAUACAGCUGAAUGAGAUCUACACAGAGCUCUACAUCACAGAGAGUGAAAGUGGAGAGAUCAGUAAUGAACAUGAGGUGAGACAGAUUGAGAUACAAUCCAGGAGAACAGCAACAGAGGACACACCAAUCAAAUGCAAUGACAUAUUUAAAGCUUUACCUGCACCAGACAAACCCAUCAGAAGUGUGCUGACAAAGGGAGUCGCUGGCAUUGGAAAAACAGUCUCUGUGCAGAAGUUCAUUCUGGACUGGGCUGAAGGGAAAGAGAAUCAGGACGUCCACCUCAUAUUUCCACUUCCUUUCAGAGAGAUCAAUUUGAUGAAGAACAAAACACUCAGUCUUUUAGAUAUUCUUCAUCUUUUCUUCCCAGAGACACAAGAAAUGGAAAUCUCCAGCGGUGAAUAUAAAGUGUUGUUCAUCUUUGAUGGUUUGGAUGAGUGUCGCGUGUCUCUGGAUUUUCGCCGCAGUGUGAGGUUGUGUGAUGUAAGUGAAUCAGCCUCAGUGGACGUGAUCCUGACAAACCUCAUGGCGGGGAAUCUGCUUCCCUCUGCUCUCAUCUGGAUCACCUCCAGACCAGCAGCAGCUGAUCUCAUCCCCUCUGAGUGGGUUGAUCGAGUCACAGAGGUACGAGGCUUCACUGACAAACAGAAGGAGGAAUACUUCAGCAAGAGAAUCAGUGAUGAGAGUCUGAACAACAGAAUCGUCUCACACCUGAAGUCAUCCAGGAGCCUCUACAUCAUGUGUCACAUCCCAGUGUUCUGCUGGAUUUCAGCCACUGUUCUAGAGAGAAUGUUGAGUGAAGCAGAGAGUGAAGGAGAGAUCCCCAAGACUCUCACUCAAAUGUACACACACUUCCUGAUCAUUCAGACAAACAUCAAACAUCAGAAGGACUAUGAGAAGAAAGUGAAGAGUGAUGAAGACAUGAUCUUCAAACUGGGCAAACUGGCUUUUGAGCAGCUUGUGAAAGGCAAUGUGAUCUUCUAUGAUGAAGACCUGAGAGAGUGUGGCAUUGAUGUAGCAGAAGCAUCAGUGUACUCAGGAUUGUGCACUCAGAUCUUCAGAGAAGAGUUUGGCUUGUAUCAGGGGAAAGUUUACUGCUUUGUUCAUCUGACCAUUCAGGAACAUCUGGCAGCUCUUUAUGCUCACAUCUCAUUCACAAACUACAACACAAACGUGUUUGAACCUGAACUUGUUGAACCUGAACCAGGUUGUUUUUCUAAAAUUUUGGAAUUAGUGAAACCUAAAUCAUCAGAUCAGAUUUUAUUAUCCGAGUUACAUCAGAGAGCUGUAGAUGAAGCUUUGCAGAGUCUGAAUGGACAUCUGGAUCUUUUCCUGUGUUUUCUUCUGGGUCUCUCACUGGAGUCCAUUCAGACUCUCUUACAGAUGAAAAGAUGCUCCUACAAGAAAACAGAAACGGUUGAGUACAUUAAACAGAAGAUUAAGAAGAAUCUGUCUCCAGAGAAAUUCAUCAAUCUGUUUCACUGUCUGAAUGAACUGGAUGAUGAGUCACUGGUGGAGGAGAUUCAACAAUAUGUGAAAUCUGGAUCCGUUGGACGCUCUAAAUUUUCCUCUUCUCAGUGGUCAGCUUUAGUUUUUGUGUUGCUGGCGUCUGAGCAGCAUUUGGGUGAACUUCAUCUAAAUACAUUUAUUGGAGGAGAAAACAAAGCAGAUGAAGUUCUUAUGAAACUGCAGCCUGUGAUUAAAGAAUCCAAAAAAAUUAUGUUAAGUCAUUGUUCUAUCAAAAAUGAAAGUUGUGUUGAUCUGACUUCAGCUCUGAUAUCAAACCCCUCACACCUGAGAGAACUCAAUCUGUAUAAGAUUAAUUUUGAAGGGACAAGUGUGGACCUGCUUUCAGGUGGACUGGAGAAUCCUCACUGUAAACUGACGUCACUCAGGUUGAGUUAUUGUUCUGUCACAGCUGAAGAUUGUGCUGCUCUAUCUUCAGCUCUGAGAUCAAACCCCUCACACCUGAGAGAUCUGGAUUUGUCUGAGAAUAAACUAGGAGAUUCAGGCGUGAAAAUGAUCUCUGCUGUACUGGAGAAUCCUCAGUGUUAUCUGAGUUCUCUCAGAUUGGAGCGUUGUAAGAUCACAGCUAAAGGUUGUGCUGCUCUGUCUUCAUCUCUGAGAUCAAACCCCUCACACCUGACAGAACUGGAUCUGUCUGAUAAUACAUUUGGAGAUUCAGGAGUGAAGCUGAUCUCUACUGUACUGGAGAAUCCUCACUGUAAACUGGAGAAACUGAAGUUGAGUCAGUGUAAUAUCACAGAUGAAGGUUGUGUUGCUCUGUCUUCAGCUCUGAUAUCAAACCCCUCACACCUGACACAUCUGGAUCUGUCUAAUAAUAAUAAUGUCGGAGAUUCAGGAGUGAAGCUGAUCUGUGAUGUACUGGAGAAUCCUCACUGUAAAUUGGAGAAACUGGUGUUGAGGAGUUGUAAUAUCACAGAUGAAGGUUGUGCUGCUCUGUCUUCAGCUCUGAGAUCAAACUCCUCACAUCUGAAACAUCUGGAUUUGUCUGGGAAUAAAUUUGGAGAUUCAGGAGUGAAGCUGAUCUCUACUGCACUGGAGAAUCCUCACUGUAAACUGGAGAAACUGAGUUUGAUGUUCUGUGGUAUCACAGAUGAAGGUCGUGCUGCUCUGGAUUCAGCUCAGAGGUCAAAUCCUUCACAUCUGACAGAUCUCAAACUCUGAAUUUUGUCAAAUAUUAUAAAGCUCAUUAAAUGCAUUCAAACAUAAAAUAUUGCAAUAUAAAAAAAUAAUAUUUAUAAUUUACAUUUAAGCAACAAUGUAGGUGCAGUUACAGAUAAAAAAUAUAUGGUGUAUGUAUAGUAUACUGUAUGUAAUUGUGUAUUAUACGCUGUAAUGUAUGAUUUAAAAAAUGUAAUUUUUGAAUCUUCAUCUUCAUGAUAGAUAAAAAAUGUAUACUUGUAAAGCUUGUCUAAUUCACUGUUACUUAUUUAUUGUAUUUGCUUUCUGCAUCCUUUUAGAAU